AUGCCUUUGGUCAACGAGGAGUACAAGUAUUCAUGCUUCCAAAAUCUUGCUCUAAAUGUAUUAAAGCAAGGUAUAAUUCCUUUCCACGUUGCCUUUAUAAUGGAUGGAAAUAGACGGUACGCGACAUCACGUGGUCUUCAGAAAACAGAAGGCCACAGUCAAGGAUUUUCAAAAUUAUCCGAGGUAACAACAUAUUUUACCUAUAGUUUUAAGGUUUUGAGGUGGUGUUACGAUUUUGGAAUAAAAGAAGUAUCAGUUUACGCAUUUAGUAUUGAAAACUUUAAAAGAGCUGAAAAUGAGGUUUCUUUUUUAAUGGACUUGGCUCUUGAAAAGUUGAACGAACUUGCACAACACAAGGAGGAUUUGGAUAAACAGGGUAUUAGAGUUCGAAUUUUGGGAAACAUUCGAAUGCUGCCAAAGAGGUUGCAGCGUGUUGCGGCUCAGAUCAUGCUCAUGACAAGAGAAAACACAAGGCAGGUUAAUUGUCUACUCAGAAAAGAUUUUUUGAAAAUUUUAGUCCCUUCAAGUUCUUUUGAUUUUAGAGCCACGCUUAAUAUAAUGAUGCCUUACACAACUCGGGAUGAGCUGACUUCGGCAUUGGAUAAUAUUCGCCGUGGUGUGCAAUCGGGUUAUCUUCACGAAGAUGAUAUAUCUCCCGAGGUGAUAGAUCGAAGCAGCAUUCUACGGGAUUGUCGCCCAUUGGACCUUCUAGUGCGGACGUCCGGUGAAGUGCGAUUGAGCGACUUCAUGCUCUGGCAAGCCUCGCGAGCUGCAUCCACCUUCUCUUUUCUCACUGUCCAUUGGCCUGCUCUCUCCUUUUGGCAUCUCGUAGUUGCUCUUCUUCAAUUCCAACUCAAUCGGGCUGCUCUUCUUCCUUUACCAGAGUGCGCACGAUGUCAUCUAAAUCGGUCGAAUUCCGAAGCCAUUACGGUCAAUGGACAUAACGGAAAACAGUACCCCAUCGUAAUUGAUGUAAACGAGAUGAAAGAACGUAAACACCGUCUGGAAGCUUUCUACAGAAUGCUCGAGCAUGUGUACUACGAUGAACUCAUUGAAAUGUCAAAUUUUCCUGAAGAUGCUGCUGACGAAUAA